ACCGAAACCUAGAUCUCACCCACGCGAUAGGUAGUUUCUUCAUAGUGGUGGCUCGUGUUGAUUGCUGUGCCGUGGUUUUAACAAUCUAAACGAUUUAUUUGCAUGCUUAAUUGAAGAUUGUGUUCCCCAAAGUGUACGUGAAAAUGACCCGUGAGGAGAAAUGUUUCGACCUGUGUCCGUAAGGCGGGGAAAACUAAUUAACGAUCGCACGGUAUUGCGGCAAGGAUCUACAAGGAACGAGCGUUCCACAAGGCGGUAAAAAAGGGGAACUUCAGUGUACGAAUUCAUCCAUAUCAACCCAAUCGCUCGUCAAACGCCCGUUGUGGUAGAUUUAUUUCCGUGCAUGCGAACGGCGACGACGACGACCCGUCAACAUUGUCACCUGCCGUCACCGUAAUCCCGUGUUAAAAUCGAGGUACAACGAAAAACAGCCCAUCAGCUACAUCAACAAACAACAGCAAACCAAAAAAACAUCGGCGAAGCUGAAAAAUGAUGGCGGCAUCUUGUCCACCUUUCAACAAGCACAUCUUCAUCGGUGGGGGCCCGCCGAGCGAAACCACGGGCAGCGAGAUCUCAUCGGUGGAGAGCGACUGGGGCGAUUUGCGAUUGAUUGCGGCCCAGCUGGGGGUGGCCAAUCCGGACGAUCUGCAUGUCGAGCGGUUCAAAGUGGACCGCCAGAAGCUGGAGGAAAUGAUCAAAGUUGAAACAUAUUCAGAAGGAAUGAAUAGUGCUGAGGAGUUCUUCACUAAUAUUAUGGAGGAAACUACUACGUACGUCAGCUGGCCAUGUCGGUUGAAAAUCGGUGCGAAAACCAAAAAGGAUCCGCACAUUCGCAUCGUCGGCAAGAUGGCCGAUGUGCUGAAGGCCAAGGAUAAAGUGAUGGCCCGAUUGGACUCCCGGGGGAGUCGCGUCAUUAUGAAGAUGGACGUAUCCUACACGGACCACUCGUUCAUAAUCGGCCGUGGGGGUAACAACAUCAAGCGCAUCAUGGAGGAAACGGCGACCCACAUCCACUUCCCGGACUCGAACCGAUCGAAUCCAACGGAGAAGAGCAACCAAGUGUCGCUGUGUGGCAGCAUGGAGGGCGUCGAGCGGGCACGUGCGAUGGUUCGCAUAUCGACGCCUCUGUUGAUCUCGUUUGAACUGCCGAUUCUGGCUCCGGGUAAAGCUCCCCCGGACAACGAAACGCCAUUUGUUAAAGAGGUGGAGAAGGAAUUCAACGUGCAGGUCAUAUUUUCCACCCGACCGAAGCUGCACUCUUCGCUGGUACUGGUGAAGGGCUCGGAGAAGGAAGAACUGAAGGUGAAGGAGGCCACCCGCCGGCUGAUGGACUUCAUGUGUGAGAACAUUGCGAAUCAGAUACCCGUUCAGAUGCAGCUGGAAAUAUCCACCCAGCAUCAUCCGAUUGUGUUAGGGCGAGCCUCGGGCAACUUGCGAGAAAUUAUGAGCCGAACCGGAACCCAAAUAAUGUUUCCCGAUGCAAACGAUGUGAACAUCAAGCCAAUCAAGCGCUCCCAGGUGACCAUUACCGGAACGAUAAAUGGCGUCUAUCUGGCCAGACAGCAGCUAAUAGGAAACCUUCCAAUUGCGUUAAUAUUCGAUUACCCGGAGAAUACCGUCGACUCUGAAGAGAUUGCCAAGCUGAUGUACUCGCAUGAUGUUUUCAUUUCGGUUCGACAAAAAUCACGGCAGAGCACCCUCUGUAUCGUAAUUAAGGGAAUUGAGAAAUUUAUUUCCAACAUAUACGAGGCCCGCCACCAGCUGCUUAAGUGCACUGGGCCCAAAGUGGCAGCGGAAGUCCCCCGAUCAUAUUUGGGACCAAACGAGCAAGCACAGAAUUCCCAAAAUGUGUCGCAAUUGUUGGCCGGACCAACUCCCCAACCGUUCUCCCCUUUGUCGCCCAUCAACCCAAUUCCGUUUGCGUCGAACGCAUGGCCUUCGCCAACCCCACCUCAGGAAUUUGCUCUCAAUCAAAUUCGCAACCAGUUCCAAAACCUCCAGAUGGGAACCUCGAAAAUGCACCACCCGUUGGCAAUGCCUCCGGGCUUGGGAAAACCACAAUUGCAUGCUAUGAAUAAUUCAAUGCGGCCAACACAUCUGCAAGUCCCCGGGGCACAACAGCAGAACCAUCGCGUACAGUUGGGUGGUCGAGUAUCGGAUGCUGGCAUCCCGUGUCAAAACACUAGCAACAGCAGCGCUGGGGGUGACCAUUCCAGUGGUUAUCACAGUCUCAACUGCAGUAACAGCUCGCUGGAUCAACAACUUCAAUCAUUACCGGGCUCUUCGGGAUCGGCCUCUUCGUCGCUGAUCAACAGCUCGCCCGAGACGAAUGGAAUGGGUAGUGCAGCAGCGCUGAACCGGUGCCGCCAUCUAAGCUAUAGUGACAGUCCCCAGUACCAGACGGACCUUUCGGACCAGCGGACGCCGAUGGCCUACGAGCAGAAGAGCACACUCAACGAUACUUUCGUGUUCAACUUUGACCCACGUGUUGUUGCCGGCUACAAAGCGAUGCACCUUCCACCGCAGCAAGGCGAACUCAGGACUCCGACACCGUCCUGGCAGGGUUUGGGCCUCAGUCAAACCUCGCCGGCUCCGCUCGAAGCAUGCGACCUGAGCUGGGUUAACCACAGCGGCAGCAGCAGCAGUAGCGGCAACGAGUCACGCCUCAACAUGACUACCACGAUGAUCGAAGUCACUCCGAUGCGCCAACGUGAGCAGCUAUCGCAGUACAAUGACGUUACAUCCAUCCUGACCAGCCUGGGCCUGGAGCAUUACAUCAAAAACUUCAUCAACGGUGAAAUCGACAUGACCGUGUUCCAGACGCUCACCGAUCAAGACUUGCUGAACUUGGACAUCAGACCGUUGGGCGCCCGGCGCCGUAUAUUGAUGGCCAUUCAUGAUCUGUACACUCGCCAGCACGGGAACCCAUUCGCCAACAUGUCUCCGGCAUCGUCUUCGUCGUCGAUGUCACGCUUUUCCGGAUCAGCCGCUCCGGGUGCGGAGCGACGUACCUCCAGCGGUCAAUGAGAUGUUGGUGCGAUGAUGGUGGUACUAGAAGGAAAUUGCUAACAAGUUCAAAAACAACCCUGGGCGUUUCGGCGAGCGGCACGUGUACAUCCGAGGAGAAGGAAAUUAAUUAAACUAGCUUUUAAUUAAUCGUUUCUUCGAGCCGGCGCGCGGAUAACGAAUGUCAUCCAAGGAUUCAAUUGAAAUCGGUUGAACAAGAAAGCAAUCAAUGGCCUACGGCGAACAAGAAAUUGCAUGUGAGUUUGUUUGUUCGCCUGGGUCCGGACGACGAUUCUGCUUCUAGAAAGUGUUUAAUCCGUGUUAAAUCCUUUUCGGAUUUUGCAUCCAUGCGGCAGCCAUCUGUGGGCAUUGAUCCGGAAAAGAUUGCCUCUGUGCCGCUUCUCGCCUGAUCAGGAAGAAGUUUUCGAGUGCCACAACAGAAAAAUAUUUUUAAUUAAAUGCAACAUUUCUCCGGCUGCUGGCAGUCGAAUCACACCGAGCUACAAAAAAAAAAACAUUUCCUCAUCCGACCACCGUAUUUCCGUCCAGGGUGGCGAGCACCACAUCAUCACCGGUAGCACCACCGUCAUCCAUCGUCACCAUCUGCAUUAUAUUUAUUCAUUUUCAACGGACGUUUGGCUCUCCCAGCCCCCCCUCGGGUUGAGCUUUCUGCUACAUUCAAUUAACACUGCAAAAUUUCCCCAUUUUUUCCUCACACAAAUUGCAUGCAUCUCGUCAAACACUCACACUCACUCAGAUAAGCUCAGUUUUAAAACGUUCCAGGAAAAAAAGAUCCGCCUGUUUUCAUUAUCGCAGCUUAACCACUCUCGGGCGGACCAUCUUGGCUUUCGUCUAAUUAUGUUUCCAUACGGAUUUCGCAAUGACCGUGGUAAUUUAAAUAAAAAUUCAAUUUCAUCACCAUUGCCUCCAACCAUCGCAGCUUCGAAAGCCUGCCGCCAUCAGAGAGGUCGGAGAUAAUGAAAGCCGAAGGGGGUCUUUUCUCCUGCUUCUUAGGUGAAAUGAAACUUUGAUUGUUCUUUGUAAAGUCACAAUUUUAAAUAGUUUAUUGUUUCGAGGUCAAAGUUUCGUUUCGGCCGACUAGGAAUAGGCUAAGAUAAGCAAAUACACACACACACACGCACACAUACGCUGAAGCACCCGAAUCGGUGCCAAAUUGUAACACGGUUAGGCUAACACACGUGAAAUUGUAAUUUGUAAGAGCAAAGCUCUACGGGUAAAUCGGAAAGGCCAACAGCCAUUACUAGCGGGCUGAUUCAGGGUGCGCUCAGUUGCCAUUAAUUGUAAGCCAUGAAGAAUUUUUUAAAUACAAAUUGCAUGUUCAUUCAUCGUUCAGCAUUUAA